AUGCUGCACAUAGAUGAGGUUUUGACUAUCUUAAGGAAUCCCCAGUUCUUUUGUGCACAAGAUGAAGAAGAGAAUUCAGAAGCCACUUCCAUAAGAAACCCAGAGGUUCUGAAAGUUUCUCGCCAGAACUUUUCUAAGCAUUUUCAGUACCUGUCAGUGACAGGGCCUCAUCAGUCUGUGAGCCAAAUUCAGGAGCUCUGCCGGCUAUGGCUGCAACCAGAAACCAACACCAAGGAACAGAUGAUAGAGCAACUGGUGAUGGAGCAGUUUCUCAGCACCCUGCCUGAAGAGGUUCAGGUGUGGGUGAGAUCAAAACUACCCAAGAACAGCAAGGAGGCAGGGACCCUGGUGGCUAAUUUGAUCCAAGCAUGUGGGUUAAAAGACUUCUCCAUUCAGAACUCUGUCCUUGCAGAAAAUGGGAGUACCAAAGAACAUGAAAGGAAAAUCACAGAGAUGCCUGAAAAUCUGUCACCUGCCAGAUCCUCUGGUUCAUGUCAAGGAUCCCAAGUAAAGAUGGCCACAGAGAGAGACAAGGAGUUGGUGACUUUUGAGGAUGUGACUGUGGACUUCAGCCCAGAGGAAUUAAAAUACCUUAGUGCUUCUCAAAGAAAACUCUACCGGGAGGUGAUUCUGGAGAAUUAUAGGAACCUGGUCUUUGUAGGACACCAAUUUCCAAAACCCGACAUUAUCUCACAGCUGGAAGAGGAGGAGUCAUGUGUGAUGGAAGGAAACAGUGAUAAAAUGAUGUGCCAAGAUUGGAAGAAAAGACCUGAAAUCAAAGAUCAAACUCUAGAGCCAAACCUGCCUGUAGAAAUACCAUCUUUGGGGGCAGGAAUGGACAAUUCAGAGGGAAAUAACCAUGGUUGUAUCCACAUAGAAGAGUCUCACACUGGUGAUUCUUCAGAAUCAUAUGUGGUCCUACCUCAAAGAAGAAUCCUUAAUGGUUCACAUUUUUCUGAAGAGUCAGGAGGACCCCUAGGAAAAGAUCCCCAGGAACACACUCCUGGAAUUUUCACUGGUCCCCAACCAGUGAAUGACAAGCUUUUGCCCCAGGUCGACAAACACCAUGGAUGUGCAUUUUGUGAAAGAACCUUUAGUACUAGAUCUGCCUGUGAGAAACAUGAACAGGUCCAUACUGGGAAAAAACCCUUUGAGUGUAAAAAAUGUGGAGAAGCUUUCUACCUCAUGCCACACCUUACCAGACACCAGAAGACUUGUUGCAGCCGGAAGUCCCUUGGAAGCAGUGCAGGAAAGCAAGCUAGUACCUGCGGCCAUGUAAAAAUUCUCAGGCAGAAUUCCCAAGAACGUUUCCAUCGUGGCAAAGCUCUUAUUCAGGACAUGCAUCUUUUUCAACAUCCCAGAGCCCCUGCAGCAACCAAAACCCUUUUACCUGGUUUUUCCCGCAACAAGACACAUUUAAUUCGCUAUCAGAGGAAGAAUGACUAUUUUGGAAAGAGAGCUUGUCAGUGUUGUGACUGUGGCAGAACCUUCGGUCAGAAUUCAUAUUUAGUACAGCAUUAUCGUAUUCAUGGUCAGGAGAAGCCUUACCAGUGUCAGCUGUGUGGAAAAUGUUUCAGCCAACCUUCAUACCUCACUCAACAUUAUCAAUUCCAUUUCUCAAGAGAAACAUGA